CUUUGCCUAGAGGAGCUGAAUGUGGUAGUUGGUACUCUGUACUUCUAUAUUGUACUGCAGUAUCUGGUUUUUAAAUGUGGCAUGUCAAAUGGGGGGGACUUGUGUCGUACAGUAUGUCUGAACUGAGUCUUCUAGGAUUUUAACUGUAGGGAUAAGUUGCCCCCCCCCCAGAUGCUGGUCUUGUCAGUUUUCCAUUUCCCCACUAAAGGGUUGACAUUAAGGGUUGCAGCUAUUGCCUGGGGCAAGUGAGCUGAGUGGUCAUACAAGUUGAACCUGCUCUGUGAUUGGCCCAUUAGGCAGGUGAUCUACCAAAAUGCAAAGAAUUCCAGUAAGUAAACAUGACCUACAAACCUACAGGAGUUGAACAUGGAUUCCGGGCCAAGCCUCACAGUCCCCAUUACAGCCAGAAGACUUACACCCCCCCAAUCUAAAGGCCACCCCAGACUCGGAACACACUGACCUUUUUAAUGUCAGAGGUCAUUGUCAGUGAUUCAUUGUCUCUGUACCAAAUAGCACUCUAUUCCCUAUAUAAUGGGCCCUGGUCAAAAGUUGUUCACUAUAUAGUGACUGGGGUGCUAUUUGGAACACAACGUGUUCUUGACUAGCACACUGAAUUAACUUAGGUGUGUGUGUGUGUGAUGCAUCACAUUCCCUGUAGUUUUAUAUAUUCAAAUACUGGAAAAAUAAAGAAAAUAUUUACCCCGAGUUAAUUAACAGAUGGAAUUUGGUCACAAGUGCUCCCUUCAUAAAAUGAGUUGCAUGAUGCAUCUGUGUGUGAGAUGUUUAUAGAUGGGUCUGCUUUAUCAUUUAGCUCUCUCGCAUUAGCUCUUUUUAUCUCCCUCGUUUUAACUCGAUCUAUGUUUACUACAGUGAGCAGACAUGUGAACUGUGUAUCUCUUCACUGUCCCAGCAGGUGCACAUGCUUUCAGUGAACGCAUUUCCAGUUCAAUGCAUUUCUAGGGCAUCUCAGGUCGAUAAACUUUAACUGGGAUCCGGUCAGUUUAAUCUUCUGACCUUCGUGUCAUGGGUCCAUUAUUUUCUCCUUUAGAUGGUUCAGCAUUUCUCGUGGCAUCCUGCUGAGGUAAUUCUGUGCAAAUAAUAGGCCUAAGUGUGGAUGGAAUUUAUUAGUUUCAAAACCUAGUCGUUAUAUGGUUUUAUACCAUUUUAAUCUCUCAUUAUUACACAAUUGGAGUUCAGGUCAUACAGACCUUGCGCCAAAGUUCCUCUGCAGUGGAUGGGAUGUCCCGUUACAUGCGGCGAGAACACUGCAGUCAGCGAUAACGCCUAGGUUGGCUGUCAACCUGUAGAAAGACCCUCUAUCUCCGAUCAUCUCUAUAAUCUCUAACUCUUAACAUUGUUCGUGCUCAUUCUCCAUUUUUAGCCUAUUAACAUGCUGUUUUGACAGUGCAGUGAGACGUUUUUAUACCCCUUUGGGAGGUUUUCAGAGCGAUCGUUACGUGCCAGUCACGUGUCAGCCCCUGUGAGAGCGACUUUGGUUCACGCGACCCUUCUCAAUAAAUCGCAAAUGUUCUGUUGAACUCUGAGGGGGGAACACACAGUUAAAUAAAGUUAUGGCUCAUUCAUCCUCAAAGGAACGGGUCCUGCUAUGUCGAUGUAUAUGUCAAGGAACCUUCAAGUAGAAGCAGUCUAAGUGCACUAUCAAAAGGACAGUGUGCACCUAAAAUGUAGGAAUCUCCCAUCUAGCUCUUCGAGCGCAGAACACCAUCGAUAUUUCUUGCUAUUGGAGAUCAAGAGGAAAAUACUUCAAAAUCUGAUGGAAGAUUAAGAGUUGUGACUGUAGGUAGGGUGAGUGAGGGGCCACAAUGCAACAAUAAAACUCUGAUCUAAAAGAGAGCAACUGGUCCAGCAGAUUUGUAUAUGGUGCAAGGCUAACCUUGACACAGCUGUAGAUGGAUCUCCCUAUCCAGACACACCAGAGGAUGAUGCUACAGUAGACAACAGAUCAUUUGAAUUCUCUCUGCUGCUGCUGCUUUCACCAUGCUACCUAAAGAACACAACAGCGAGCCCAAGGCUGCCAAGCUCAGCCUGUUCAACAGAAAUAACGCCCUGAAUGCCUGUAUGAAGAAAGAGGAGAAGAAAGAGAAGGAUAUUCAUUAUGAGGAUUCCCCAGAUGGUGGCUGGGGCUGGAUGGUUGUACUUCACUGCUUCCUGGUGAAUGUGCUGGUGAUGGGGACCCUGAAGACGUUUGGGAUCUUCUUCGUGACAUUCCAGGAUGAGUUCGGAGGGUCGGCAGAGAGUAUCAGCUGGAUCGGCUCCAUCAUGUCUAGCCUGCGGCUCUCUGGAGGUCCCCUGGCCGCUGUAUCGUGUGCGAAGCUGGGGAACAGAGUGACCUCUAUAGCUGGGGCUGUGCUGGUCAGUGUUGGCUUCCUCAUGAGUGUCUUUGCCACCAGUGUGGUAUUCCUAUACAUCAGCAUGGGGCUGAUUGUGGGCCUUGGUUUUGCACUCCUGUACCAAGCCACCUCUGUUGUCACGGCAACAUAUUUCCGUAAGAGGUUAGCGACGGCAUACUCCAUCGGGCGGUCUGGGAUGGGCUUGACCUUCGCCCUCGCCCCUUUCACUCAGCUGCUGCUGGAUCAGUAUGCCUGGCAAGGAGCUCUGCUGAUCCUAGGAGGCCUGAUGUUAAACCUGGUGGCCUCUGGGAUGCUGCUAAGACCCAUCCACAUUAAGCCUGCACCACCCCCUUCCUCAUCCUCAUCUUCAUCCAUCCAAAAAAGCCCUCUUAUAGAUCCAGAGAAGGAGAAGGACCGCCCUCAGAAUGGAUGCUGCUUUAACAGAUCCACAAUGUUAACCAAUGGCAUCACCAAAUCAGACUCUUCUCCUUCCACUCCACAACCCCUGCAUUGGGACACUGAGACCUCAGAGAAGGUCUCCACACAUGGGAUGGGAAAGAACAACUACAUCCCCCCACCUCCACCAAACCCUGAACUGACCAAGCUGGUACAAAACAGCGUGAACAGGCAUGUUCAGGAGGCAUCCCCUCCCACAGCCACCAUAGACAGCCCCAGCCUCAUGGAACAGAACGGUACCAUUAGCCUAAACGGUUCCUCUGUGUUUGGGUUCUCCUCAACUAAUGGUUCUACCACUGUGGAUGAUCACAUCCCACCGGCUGUGAAAAAUAACAGAGUCCUAGACUUCUCCCUGUUGAAGAACCCCUUCUUCUGCAUCUACACUUGGUCCGUGGUAUUCAGCCAGCUGGCUUACUUCAUCCCCUACUUCCACUUGUCUGCCCGGGCCAGGAACCUGGGUAUAGAUGCCAUGGAUGCUUCCUUCAUCAUCUCUGUGGCAGGUAUCACAGAGACUAUAGCCCAGCUAGGCUCUGGUUGGCUAGCGGAUAAGAACCCGUUCCAUAAGUACCACUACCACAAGACCUACCUGAUCCUGUGUGGAGUGGUCAACCUGUUUGCCCCGCUGGCUAACACCUACAUCCUGCUCAUGGUUUACGCUGUCUUCUUUGCCAUCUUCUGUGGCGGUUACAUGGCACUGCUACUGCCUGUCCUGGUGGAUCUGGUAGGGCAAGAGAAACUCAACAACUCCAUGGGAUUUUCUAUGUUCUUCGUAGGCCUCGGCUGUCUGACAGGACCUCCUCUCGCAGGUUUCCUGUAUGACUACACCCAGACCUACGACUGCUCCUUCUACCUAGCGGGGGUGUGUUACCUGCUCUCCUCUGUCUCUCUCUUCCUGGAGCCCGUGGCGAGGAGGUGGCAGAGCAGAAAGAGGAGAUGCGAGGCCCGCGAUGUAGACACCAGCUGGAAGACUAACGGCUGCUUCUGCCCUAAGCUUCCUGUCCUAAAGAACAGCAACAACAAUGGCGUCGUCUAGAGGGUAGUUUCACCCCAGCUAGCACAUUUGGUUCCUUGGAAGUUCAUAUGCAAAAUAACCAUAGGACAAUCACUACGGGAGCAGUAUGCUAGCUGGGGGACAUUACCAUACUCUCCUUCAUUAAGCCUGGAAUCAUGUAGAUGGAGGGAGGACAGGGUUGGCUUCCUGUUCCUAAUAUAUGUAAUUUAGCAGACACUUGAUAAUUAUUCAAAGCGACUUACAGUAAAGUGAGUACAGACAUUUUGGGGAUUUGUGAUCCCAGCGGGAAUCGAACUUGCGACCUUGGCACUACUAGCACCAUUGCUCUUACUGAGACACACGUAACCAUGUAGAGGGAGGGAGAGCAGAGUUGGCUGCUUCCCCUUUCUCUCUCCUUCCUUAAAACAAGCAUGUGCCAACUGUGCCAGUUACCCAGCUUUUGGGUGGACUGAAAUGACCCUGCUGCUUUGGCGAAAGCCAAGGAAUACCCAACUGACUGACUGACUGAGGAGAAAGCCAAGGAAUACCCAACUGACUGUCUGACUGACUGAGGAGAAAGCCAAG